GACUCCUGCUUCUGCUCUGUGUCUGGGGCAGCGGAUAAUUGCCGGUCCCCGGUCAUCAUGAACCUGACGGCGCGCGGUGCGGCUCGUGUGUCCGUGACAGCCCGGUGAUGGUGCAGAGGCGCGUGCGGUGCUGUAGGGAAAUACGAAACAACGCUUUGGUGACAGCGCGAAGACAAUAUGGAGAAAAACACUGCGGCUGAUUGAUGAGACGUUAACAUGACUUCAGCGUGCGUCUGCUGGAGGACUGCGCCAUAUUCCUGAUGCACCUGCACGAGCAGAUCGACCUGGCCUAAUUGAUAGAUUUUAUUGAUUGUUUAAUUAAUCUGUUAUACCUCACUGUUUUCUGUCCUGCCAAGAGCCACAUAUGCAGCCAGUUCUCUAUAAGCCUGGUCAUUGCCUCUUCUUGUCUACCUCAUCUCGUUUAUUUUCAAGCCAUUGAAUUUAAUGCCAUUGCAAGGACUGAUGUCACAAGCUUUACAUUUAUUAUUUCAGGAUUUCAUGUGUUCUAAAAGUGCUCUGAUGCACCUUGAACAUUAUACUCAAAUUCCCCACAAGGGUUCAGUUGUCCUCAUGUGAGAGAAAAUCAAAUAAUCUGCCACUCUCAAAUACUUAUAAGCCUGUGGAAUGCUUGAUCUCAAGAUGAAAGAGACGUGUCGCAUCUGUGGACGUGAUCUCUGCGGUAACCAGCGGCGAUGGAUUUUCCACCCCACCGCCAAGCUCAACUUGCAGGUGCUGCUAUCUCAUGCUCUGGGGCAAGAGCUGGCUCGGGAUGGCAGAGGAGAGUUUGCCUGCUCCAAGUGCACCUUCAUGCUGGACCGCAUGUACCGCUUCGACACGGUGAUCGCCCGCGUUGAGGCUUUGUCCAUAGAAAGGUUGCAGAGGCUCCUGCAAGAGAAACACCGGCUGAGGCAGUGCAUCAGUGGACUCUACCAGAAAACAAACUCAGAGGAGGCUGCUGUAAUGGGGGCUAAUGACGAACCAGGGGAUGGAAUGGUGGACAUUUCAGGUCUCACCCAUGCUAAGUACUGUUCCCUGCUUCAGGAGGACCUGGUCUACUCUUUGUACGAGUCCUGGGCAGACGACGGCUUGGACUGUCCCCAUCACCACCACCCUCAGUGUACUGCUGAUCCAGGGUCAGAGGUUACAGUUGCAGGGUCACACCGUUGUGUACCCAGCACUCCAAGAAGGUGUCACGGAUGUUCCUACUGGCGGGUUGCAGACUCUGACUAUGAAGCUGUUUGUAAGGUGCCCAGGAAGCUAGCACGGAGUAUUUCCUGUGGACCAUCAACCCGAUAUUCAGCCAGUCUUAUUGGAGGGAGUGUGACAGGAGGAGGUGGUGGAGAAGCAGAAAGAAAAAAACUGGAAGAGUCAGAUGAACCACCUUCCUCUCUAACUCUAGUCCCUGGUUCUCGUAACCCCUCGAGGACAUCAGACAGCGAUCGCACUCUGGCUGGACGAGCCAGCUCCAGCCCCUCUAUAGCAUCCCUGGAGACAGCUGAGGAAUACAUUCAGCCUGGAGCCGUAACAGAUGGGCCGCCGAGCUCCCCCAAGGAACCAAUAGAUGACCGGAUAUCUGACUCCCUCUCUGAGGAGCACAUGGGACCUCCACAUGGCCAAACCUCACCUGCACCCAGCCUCUCUCUGGCCCUCUGUCUGCUGCAGAGCUACGCUGUUCACCGACCAGUCCAGAGCACCAAGGGGAGUAAACUCCCAGUGCUGCUCAGACGGAGCUCCAGUAAUGGAGGCACAAGGCUGGGCUUCCCUGAUCCAAUUCUGGGAAUGUCUUAUGGGACUCCAGGUGGAGAAAGAUACAAUCACAUGCCAACACCUGAGCUGGAUACCCCUCUGAUCAGGUUGGAUGUUGGGAUUGAUCAGGGUCUGAGCCUGGCUGACAUGGAGGACUUAUUGGAAGAUUUGUACAAAGAGUACCCUCCACCACCUCCCCACCAGAGCCUCGUUGAGGAGCAGCAGAGUCAACUGAACCAGUAUGAGUGUGCGGCUGGUCAGUGUGUCAGUGAGCUGCAGAAGGCCCAGCUCCAAGUUCAAUCCCUGCAGGCAAAGGUCCAUGAGAGCGAGGCCAACAAUUUGAAGCUGCAGGAGAAGCUGACUGAGAUGGAGUGUGAGCUGCGUUCACUCCGUCAGGCUACUCAGAGUCAAGAACGAACCAUCCAGGGCCUCACAGAGUCCAUCAACACCAAAGACAGUGAGGCCCAGGACCUGUACCAGCUGAUCGAAGGACAGAACACCACACUGUGUAAGCUGCGAGAAUUGGCCCACCGCAACCAACUAGCACAAUGCAAGGCUCCAGAGGGGGUCAGCGAGUCCUUGACGCUUGCCCAGCUGCAGGGUGAGUUGGUAGGAGUGCAAAGCUCCCUGUUCUCACUGGGUUUGGAGCUGGAGGCCAGUCAGAGGAGUCUGAGACAGAGCCAGAGGCAAGGAGACGACCUGGUUAGGUUCAAAGACAGACUCAACUCUGAUCUACAGGAGGCACUGCAGCACAGAGAUGUCACUGAAAAACACAACCAGGACCUCCGCUGUGCCCUUCAGAAAAUUCGCUCUGAGCUGCAGGCUAAAGAAGCAUCUCUGAAGGAGAGCGAGGCAGAGAGACUCUCUCUGGUGCAGGAAAGAGACAGAAGCAUUGCACAGCUCAAACACUCUCUGCAGGACAAGGAGCAACAGUUACAGGAGUAUUCAGACAUGUUGGAGUCAACAGGAAGCUCCAAACCAAGAGAUGCCCUGCUGGAGAAACUAAGAGAGCGUAUUAAAGAUAGAGACAGAGCUCUGGAGCGCUCCAUCGAUGACAAGUUUCGCUGUGUGGAGGAGCGUGAGGGCCAGGUGAGGAGGCUGCAGCUAGCUCUCAGGGAGAAGGAACGAGACCUGGAGAGACUCCGCUGCAUCCUGUCCAACAACGAGGAGACCAUCACGACUCUGGAUGCUUUGGUGCGAGGUAAAGAGCUGGAGCUGGAGCAGGCGGCCGAGGCCUACAGGAACCUCCAGUGGCUGAAACAGCAGAGUGAGGAGAAGGAGAGAAAUACUCUGAGAGAGAAAGAAACCAUCAUCAGCCAGCUACAGGCAGCUUUGCAGGCACGCAGCCAGGAGACACAGGAUCUGACAGCAGCCCUCGUUGCCAGAGUUCAGGCUGGUCCCACUGAGGUUGUGGAGGAGCUGAAGGCUCGGCUGGCGCUCAAAGAGAAGCUCUUCCAGGAGCUGUUGUCAGACCGCAGCCGCCAGUCUAAUGAACACCAAACACAGGUCCAGGAUCUGCUCAAUACUCUCAGCUCCAAAGACCAGUAUCUGCAGGACAACUCCUACAGGCUGUCUGUGGUGAUUAGUGAGCGGACAGGCCAGCUGCAGGAGCUACGCAGACAGCUGUCGUUGAGAGAGCAGGAGCUGUGCGAGCUGAGACGGGACAAGGAGAGGGAGAUGGGAGGAGAGACGGAGCAUCUGCAGACUCUGCUGAAAGAGAAGGAAGCCUUUAUCAAGGAGCUGAUGCAGGGCCAGGAAGAGGCGAUGCAAUCGUCCUCAAAAGAGAGCGAGGCAGAGAUGAAGGCUAUCCAGGAGGAGCUGCAGCUGGUACUGAAGAAGGAGAGGGAGGCUCAGAAGGAGCUCUCUGCUCUGCGUUUAUCCUUGGCUCACCAGCAGACCACAAAAGACAGCACUGAUCAUCAACGUGUGCUGGAGCAGCUUGUGUCAGAGUACCACAAGCUGAAUGACGCCCUGAGGGCGGAGAAGAGAUUAUACCAGAGUCUCACCCACAUUCACACCAAAAGUGACAGCAGCUCAGAGAAGAUCCAGACCCUGCACACUGAGCUAGACUCUGUUCAGGCUCUCCGCGGACAGCUGGAGGAGGUCCUGGCCAGGACCCGUAACAUGGCCCUAGUGCUGGAAAGGGCAGCUAAAAGGCAGCCUGACUUUGGAGAGCUCAGCACAGAGGAGGAGGAGGAGGAGGAGGAGGGGGAUGAUGAAGACGGCAGCAGCGACGAGUUCACCGACAGCAUAGAGGAGGACGAUGAGAAAGUGACAGCUAGAAGUUUGGCCUCCAUUCAGACAUCUGGAAGGGCCAGCGGACCUGAGGGUGUGUCUGGAGGGCUGGUGAGGGGUUUGCUGGCCCAGCGAGCCAAUGGGGAGAGAGACUUACAGCAGCUCGAGAAAGCAAAGACAACACUUGAAAGAGAGCUUGAAGAAAUAAGGUCACAGCUGGAGAGGGAUGGAUACACCUCUGUGGCUCAGAUGAGGAGUGCACUGCAGAGGCUGCAGCAGGAAAACCAGUUCCUGAAAGCAAACCAAGGACGGGCUGGAGUCCUGGGACUAAGGACUAACACAGAGGAGAAUCACAGGAGCCUGAACCAGGAAGAGGAAGAGGAGGAGGAGGAAGAAGAGGAGGAGGAGGAUAUUGAGGAGGAGGAAGAAGAUGAAGAGGAGGAAACAUCUUCAGUGCCAGUGGGAAAACGUGGUCCUCCGUGUGUUAGUCUGAGCGAAGAGCGGGGGAAAAGGCACUGCACACGGCCAUGCUCUCUGGAGCCCGGCACGCUGACAUCUCAUCACUACAAACACCAGCCUGAGACGGAGGUGGAGCCUGCUGGUGACAGGAGUGAGGUGGGAGCGCUCUGGCAGGAUAUAGACGAGGGUCUCCGAGAGCAGGCGGCCCGUCUGUGCUCUGAUCUGGCUCUGAGCCGCCAGGAGAACAGAGAGCUGCAGGAGAGGCUGAUGGUGUCUGAGGCCACAGUUCACGCUCAGGCUGAACAACUGAAGGACUACAGGGAUCUGCUCACGGAGACGUCUGUCCAGCAGGCCAGUAAGCAGGUGCAGGUGGAUCUUCAGGAUCUGGGUUAUGAGACUUGUGGUCGCAGUGAGAACGAAGCUGAGAGAGAAGACGCCAGCAGCCCAGAGUUUGAUGACCUAGAGAUGUGCACGUCGCUGUCCCAUCAUCAGGACUAUGAGGGGGUGGGUGGCAGCUGGUACACUGGUAACAGCAAUAACAGAGGUGCUUAUGAUGAAAUGGGGGAUGAGUCAGCUUCUCUCCAGCAUCUGGUCCAGGAUCUCCGCUCACAACUGACCCGCUGCCACAAGGUGAUCCGUGGGUUGCAGCUGCGUGUCCGCUCGCUGUCUGCCACAAGUGACUACGCUUCCAGCCUGGAGCGCACCCCACGCAAGGUAAACUGGGCCUUUGAGACUUCACCAGCCCCGAGUGGUGUGGAAGAGGAUGAAGGCUGGAUGUCUGACACCCAAGCCAUUCGUUCAGGGUCCAAGCCCAGCAGGGAGCUGCAAGAACUGAUGGCACGUGUUGCAUCACUGGAGGCACAGCUGAAGACAUCCAAACUGGAGGGAAAAGUUCAAGCAGAAGAAGGGAAAUGUGCCACCUGGCCCGGGAAGUACAACUCUCUGAUCCAGGCACAAGCUCGUGAGCUGUCCCACCUGAGGCAGAGGAUGAGAGAGGGGCAAGGAAUCUGCCAUAUCCUAACCCAACACCUGGGAGAUACCACCAAGGCCUUUGAGGAGCUGCUGCGAGCCAAUGAUAUUGAUUACUACAUGGGCCAGAGUUUUAGAGAACAGCUGGCACAGAGCUCUGCCCUGGCACAAAGAGUGGUCACCAAGAUCAGUGGACGAGACCAUGCAGACAGCCAUGAUGACAAGACAGGUCAUGAGUUGCUUGCCCUACGGUUGAGUAAGGAGCUCCAGCAGAAAGAUAAAAUCAUUGAGUCUCUCCACACCAAGCUGCAGCAGCGUCCAGAGACUCCGUCCAGCUGUCAAGCCCUCUCUGAGACCACCGACCAUUCAGACAGGACCUCUCUGGUGUCCGAUGAGUAUCGAACCAAUGAAGACCUGGAGCUCAGUUCUGAUUUAGACGCCAGAGAAUAUCAGGAGGAGCAACAACUGCGGCAGCCAGGACACGGAUCAGAACAAGAUGUCCGUCCAUCCAUCCCUUCUCCUCGUGGCCUCCUCAAGUCUUCCCACAGCUGUCCCAACAUGCUUUCCUCAGCCCCUGUGGCUUUGACCACUCAGUUCUCCAGAGCCCUUGUCAAUGAGCCUGUUUCCUCCUCCUUCUCUGUCCCCUCUGGCCCUGACGUCUGGGGUAUGGAAGUCACUUCUGACACCCGGCCCAGGGCCCUGUCUGUGAUCGCUGUUCGCCCAGAGCUGGACACACUGUACAAACAGAUGAAUGAGCAGAACAGGGGCUUCACAGUUCCCCAUGAUAAGGCUCUGUUCACUCUCUCACCUGGUGCCCGCAAUCAGCACGACCUCUCCACCUACAGCCCGCUAUCCCAUCAUGCCUUUCAACAGUACCAGCUGAGUGGUAUUCCUGAAGGCCACUCGCUGAAGUCUGACUCAGGUCUAGUGACAGGGGGGACUUUGUGGGACAUGGACAACAUGGCUCAGCAAGUCGGAAGCUUCUCUGGAUCACCUGGACAUCAACUAGGAAAUAGUCAUGCAGGGGUAAAUUUGAUAGAGGAGCACUUGCGGGAGGUGAGGUGUCUUCGUCAGCGUCUGGAGGAGUCCAUUAGGACAAACGAGAGGCUCCGACAGCAGCUGGAAGAAAGACUGGCCACCGCUGGGCGUGAUGGAGGAGCACCAACAAACAUCUACAUCCAGGGACUGGAUACAGUCAGUCAGCUGUCUAAUGAAAUCAGAGUCCUGAAAGAAGAAAACCUCAGUUUACAGUCUCGCCUGCAGGCCAGCACAGACACGUGCGAGGAGCUGGUGCAGCUGCGAGAGGCGGUGUUUACAGCACGUGCACGCCUGAAGCAAGCAGAGCUGGAGGCUGAGCAGUGGAAGGAGGAGUUAAGACGACUCCAGGCCCACAGUCAGGAGCAGGGACAGCAGAUACACACAUUAAGGCAGGAACGACAGGCCAGUCAGGAGAAAACCAACAGGCUCCAGCAUGAGGUGUCUCUACUGCAGCAGCAGCUGUGUGAGAGCAGGGAGCUCAUCCACUCCCUGCAGAGUGAACUGCAAGUUUACGAUCGUGUGUGUUCCAGCACAAAGGCCAGCAAAGGCUACCUGUGUGAGCUCCCAGGUCUACCAGUGGAGCUUGGGGAGCUGUUGGGGGAGGUGAGGAGUUUACGGGCCCAGCUGCAGAACAGUGUCCAGGAGAACAGCGCCCUCAAGCAGCUGGAGCUCCACAAACAGCUGGAACAGAAGUUGGGUGUCGGCUCUCCUCGCACUCCUUCCCUCUCUGCCCUCACUGCCAGCCCUCAGAGAGAAAACUUCUACAGACGACAGCUGCUGCACGACCCAGCUCCGUCUCCACCUGUCAGGGACAUUGGUCUGUUUAACUGUGGAUCUCCCGGUCCGCCCUACUCAGACCUGGAUGACAGCCAUAGCACUGCCAAUGACCCUCUCGAUCCUCACUCUGAGUUGGAGGGUGAGGCCCCUGACGGAUCAUUUUCAAACCGUAACGGCCGUCACGCCAUCGGUCAUGUGGAUGACUUCAGCGCUCUGCAGCAGCAAGUCUUAGAGGGCCGGAGCCUUGUCCAGCGCAUGGAGACAACAUUGCAGGCCUGCCUGGGCCCACCACUGCUGGAGGGGGGGCAGAAACAGAACAGAGAGCUGGUGCUGGACUAUGGAUGUGUGAAGAGUCUUCUGACCAACACUAAGACUCUGAGGCAGAUUUUGGAGGAGGUGAUGUCUCUGCUGAAGAUGUUCUGGAGGGCAGCACUGCCCAGCACUGAUCCUUCCAUCCAAAACCUUAAGAAGGAGCAGUGUAUGCAAGAGGAGAUCUUGUCCCUAAAGCUGCGUAUAUCAGAGCAGGAAGAGGUUCUUAAGGGGACAAUUCAAAGACUGAGGAGCACCAGCCGCACCAAGGAGAGCAUGGAGCACUUCAUAGUCAACCAGCUGUCAAGGACUCGUGAUGUGCUGAAGAAAGCAAGGACAAAUUUAGAGAAGAAUGAGCUGAGACUUUCCUCUCUAAGCUCCUCCUCUUCCUCUCCUUGUGCUGCUGAGGACCCAGGAGGCGCUGCCAGAGAGCAGCCUGCUGAUCGCAGUUUCCUGAAGACCAGCGGUGCCUCUGGAGUCGCCGGGGUUGCGGCGGCCAAUCAGCGUCCGGCAGCGAGGAAGCGCAGCAGCCAAUGCCUGCUUUAGACUUUUAAAGAACCAGCCUCAAUGCUACCACCUCUGACCUCUGACCUCUAUGCUGAAACAGCCAAGACCCAACCCUCCUCCACCCCCCCCCCAACCUUUACCUUCAUUCAGCCAUGAGAGUUCUCCAUCCUCCCCCACUUCCCGGCAAUAUGUGCACAGUAUAAUCUGCACCUUGAGCCUUAGCAAACUCCCCUCACCCUCUCACCAAAUUUGAUCACCCUUCCCCUCCCCCAUCUCCGAACUCCCCUAACAUCACCACAUGAAUUAUUGCCUUUGAGUGAUACAGUCAGCAGUUUGCCUUGUUGUGUGUGUGACAGAAGAAGGUGUUGGAAAUGUGCCUCUGGUGGUUUCAGUGACGUGCGUCCUACUGAUGGAGCUGGUUGAAGGUGCUCCUAGACACUGAUCUCAGAGCAGAUGUGUGCUCUCAAUCUGGUUUCAGUAAGUUUUGGUCAUCUUGGUUCCAGGGAUUUUAUUACAGAACAGAAACUUUCAGAAUAAACAAAGGAAAAAUUAAAAAAUUAAAUUAAAUUUCUAAAAACAAAAUCUGACCAUAGAAAGUUUCUCUAAAACACACCCAGAUCUGUGUCUAACAGUAUCUUCUCCUGAGAGCCAGACAGCGUGUGGACGGAAUAAGAGUGUUCAUGCAUGUUUAAUCGUGGCUUGUGAGAGGAAUUCUGCACACACGUACACACAUACGGUAUGUGUGAUCGAACACGGUUCACUCAAAGACAAGAAAUCCUCAACUCUGACUGCCACAGAAAUGCAAGUUAACUUCUCGUGGCGCUUUUAUUAAACGAGGACUUUUUUUUUUGGUUUUUUUUUGCAAAUGCAAUGCAAAGAACAAUGACACCCACAAUGUAUCACUAAACACAGUGGAGGAAUGUAGAGUAGGUAGGUGAUCACUGCUAAGUAGUCGUGUACUCGCUGUUAUGUACAGUAUUUGUAGGAUGAAGCUCAUGAAUGGUUAGUCAGCCAUCAGCCAAGGGUUAUGAAUAGUAGAACAAAAGCCAGAGAAAGGUUCCAUUUCUGUCACAAGCCUCCUCUUUUAGGUCCUAAAGAUGCUUUUUUGAAGCAUCUAAACACUGACUUUGAAGUAGUGGAGACAGAUGAGUUGAGUCAAUUAAGCUUUUAAGGCCAUUUUCUAUUUGGUCAGUUGAGAUUUCUAAGCUAGAUUUGUGCUGCAAUGUGUAAAAAGAAAAGAGAGUAAAGUGCUCAAAUGGAACCAGGCUAAACACGCGUAUUCAAGCUCCUCUGUAGGAGUUCUCAUACGAGCAUGUGCAAUAAUGAUGUUGUUUCUUGAAUGAUCACGCCGCACCGGUUUCCUGUUAUUUCUUUGCCUGACACUGGAUUAUUAGUGACAUUCAUAAUGUCAGGAGGACAUCGGUGUUAAGGGGAAACUUUGGUAUUUUUCAACCUGGACCCUAUUUUCCCAUUUUUUUUGUGUCUAAGUGACUAAUGGGAACAACAAUUUUUGAAAUUGGUCCAAUAUUGAGUGAAAGUGCUUCAGCUGGCAGUUGCUAAAUGGGCUGCAAUGUAAUCUGACAGAACAGUUGUGCCCCAUUAAUGUAUGUCCACUAAAAGUCUAAAAUGUCUAACAGCAUUAUGGAAAGAACCAUACAGAGAAAUAAAAGUUUUUCUUUACCUUUCGCUUGAUCUGGUCUGUUUGUUAUUGUGUCUAAUCAAGUCUCACUCAAGGAGAAGUUCUGAUAUCUCAUGAGAGUUGAGUUGUUGUUGAAAUCAGCUAAAUAUUCAACCAUGACAGAGUUGGAGCUUAGUAUUAUCCAAAAGAUUUUCAAAGUCAUGGCUCAACUCUCACUUGAUUUCAGAACACUUUUCCUUGAGCGAGACUUGGUUAGACACAAUAACAAACAGACCGGAUCAAGUGAAAGGUAAACUUUUUUUUCU